CGUUCGUCUGAGAAGGGACUGAUAGCCAUGUCUGAUUGGCUAGUUGAUGGAUAAAAGGUGGGUCUGUAAUCGGUCACCAACAACAUCUCAAAGAAAGAGCGACGGCGUCAUGAGAAUAAGAACAACCAACCAUGAUCGAGCAACUUAAUAUUCCAUAUUAGAUCUCAGACUGUAUUCCAAACUAAACCAUACUAUUACCAUUGGGUAGAAUCCCUCAUAAUGCCAGCGUCAACAGUACCCCCUCCCGACGAAGAAGACAGCCCGCCAUCAUGCUGCGACUGCUGCGCGCCGAUAACCUCUCUCGCCCGGCCCGUUGACGUUUCUGAACUGAGCGACCGCGGCCUCGUCCAAAACGCCUUCUGCCUCCCGCCCAUCUUCGGCCCCCUCCUCUUCGACAACGAGCAGAGCGACUGCCGCGACCAUUGCGCCAACGAACGAACUUUCCUCUCCUACCUGCGGCUCUCCAUGUACAUGUCCAUCGUGGCGGUGGCCAUCGUGCUGUCGUUCCACCUGCGCAAGACGGCGUCGGACAUCGAGCUGCGCAUGGCCAAGCCGCUGGGCGCCAUCUUUUGGGUGCUGUCGGUGAGCUGUCUAGGGGUGGGCAUCGCGAAUUAUACGAAAACGGUCAAUAAGUAUAGUCGGCGGGCGGCGAUCGUGCAGAGUGGGUGGAAGACGCAGACCGUCAUGGGUGCGAUAGCAAUGUGUAUUUUCGGGUCGUGUGUGACGUUGUUGGUGGUUAACAAGUUGAAUGAGAGCGCAGAUGAAUGAGACUAUCCGGGCAACCCAAGACGUUCGGCGCAUUUUGAUAUUGGGGUAAAUAUUUAAGCAUCCAUCCGGCAGAUGAAAAAUAAUAAUACACCCUCACUAAACCAAU